UUGCUUCCCCCAUUCCUUCAGGUCUCUCCGACUUUCCUGACCAUCUUACAUAAAUUAGUAAACUAAACUCCCAUCCCUGACACUUAAAAAAAUUUUCUUUAAAUUGUUAUUUUUGUGAGACAGACUCUCAUUCUAUCACCCAGGCCUUAUUUUUCUUCUUGGCUUUAUCUUUUUUUUUUUUUUUUUUGGCUUUUUAAAAACUUUAUUGUAUCGGACAUCUCUAUUACCCAUUGCACAUCUCAGUCUUACCUGUCUGUUUAUUUAGCCAGCCCUGUACUGACCGGUUCUCUGUGGGUACCCACCAGGUCUACACAGAUACACCCUGAUAGAACCUAACCUCAGGCUUGUUCUGUGCAUCUUCUGCCUUCUUCCCUGAGACUUUCAUAUUGAUGACAAGGUAUGGAACAGGAUGGGGACACCAUGGUACAACUACAAACUACUGGAGUUUAAUCCUCCUUGAGAUGCAUCUUUGACCAAAGGAAAGGAGUCAAUGGUACAAGCAUCCUCCUUGCUUCUACAGGAUACGUGGCCUUGACAUGGACUUAAUAUGUCUUCUCAAAUGGGCCUGAUGGAUAGAGCAACCAGAUCAUUGUAGCAGUGGCCAACUUCCUAAUGUAUCUUUGAAUUAGCUCUCCCUCCCUGCCUGAAUCAUUCCCCUGUCCCUCAGAUCACACUCUCCAGUAAAAUACUUGCAGUAAAUCUUUGUCUCAGGUCCUACCUUCUGAGGAUCUAGGCUAAGUCAUUCAUCUAUUAGACACUUGUUAUCCCUUUAUUCAGUCACUUCCUACACUCAUGAUUGCUUUUUUUCUCCCAGUCUUUCCUUCUGGGGGCCCCUCCCCCUCCCUCUCCUCUUCUUCUUUUCUUUUUUUGAGACACAGUCUUGUUUUAUUGCCCAGACUGGAGCACAAAGGCAUGAUCUUGGCUCACUGUAAACUCCACCUCCUGAGUUGAAGCAAUUCUCAUGCCUCAGCAUCCCAAGUAGCUGGGAUUAAAAGCUUGCACCACCAUGCCCAGCUAAUUUUUGUAUUUUUAGUAGAGACAGGGUUUUGCCAUGUUGCCCAGGCUGGUCUCAAACUCCUGGCAUCAACUGAUCUAUCUGCCUAGGCUUCCCAGAGUACUGGGAUUACAGGGUGAGCCAUGUCACCUGGCCCAUUUUUUCUUUAUCUUAGUGUUUAGAAAUUUCUUCAGAGAGGAAUGAACAGAGAUGAAUAAGUGGAGGUGUUAUGUAAAGGCAUACUGUACUCGAAAUCUGCUGACCUGCAGCGGGUUUAAAUUCCAACUCUUGUUACAACUUUUUAAAAGAUUGUGAACAUAUCAAAAUGUACAUGAAUCAGGUUUUAAUAUACUGUAUGAUGGGUGGAUGAGGCUGUGCAUUGUACCAUUUGUUUGAAUUCUCAGGCAUGGUUUGGCAGUACAAGAACUCUGUAACAUUAACAAAUUCAAUAAAAAGUAAAUACAUUAAAAAAAAAAGCCAUUUCUUCAGAGAGGCUUUGUUGGAGGUAAAUCUGUCAGUUUGUGUUUCUCUGAAAAUGCUUUGUUUUACCCUUGUCCGGAAAGAAAAUUUCACUGGGUAUACAAUUUCUAGGUUGACAGGAUUUUUUCCCCUUAACCUCUCAGGACUGUGGAUAUAUGAUACCACUCUCUUCCUGGAUUUUUCCAUUAAUAUUACUGUUACUGAGUCCACUUUUCACUCAUGUAUAGGUAAUGUGUUUUUUUCUUCAUAACUCCUUUUCAAAAUCAUUUCUUUGGUAUUCUGCAGUACAAUGAUGUGCUAAGUGUAGAUUUCUUUUUACUUCUCUGUUUCAGAGUUAUUGGUCUUCUUGAAGCUAAAGAUUUGUAUCUUUCAUCAAAUCUAAAAUGUUCUCAGCUAUUAAAUGUUUGAAUAUUGCCUUUCCUCUCUACUCUGUAUUACUCCAUCUCAAACUUUAUUGGGCGUUUUAACUCUGUUCUCUGUGUCUCUCAGCCUCUAUAUUUCACCUCUCUUUGUCUCUGAGCUACAUUCUAGGUAAAUAUUUGAACUGAUCUUUUUUUUUUUUUUUUUUUGAGAUGGGAAUCGCUCUGUUGCCCAGGCUGCAGUGCAGUGAGUGGCGCAAUCUCAGCUCACUGCAACCUCUAUCUCCCGGCGAUUCUCCUGCCUCAGCCUCCCAAAUAGCUGGGAUUAAAGGUGCCUACCAGCAUGCCCAGCAAAUUUUUUUGUAUUUUUAGUAGAGAUGGAGUUUCACUAUGUUGGCCAGGCUGGUCUUGAAUGCCUGACCUCGUGAUUUACCUACCUCAGCCUCCCAAUGUAGUGGGAUUACAGGUAUGAGCCACUGCACCUGGCCUUCAGCUGAUCUUCUAACUCAUGAUGUCCCCCUUUAACUGUAUCUAUUCUCUUGUGUAAUUUUCCUUUGAGUGUUUAAUUUCUAUUACAUGAUUCAUUUUUAGAAGUUCUAUUUUGGUUCUUUCCCAAACUUGCCUCAUCAAUUUUGGUUGCCUUUGCUCUUUAUUAUUAUUUUUUUAUUUGAGACAGAGUCUCAUUCUAUGGCCUAGGCUAGAGUGCAGUGGUGGAGUCAGAGCUCACUGCAGCCUCGACCUCCCAGGCUCAAGUGAUGCUCCUACCUUAUCCUCCCAAUUCCUGGCCGAUUUUUUAAAAAUUAUUUUUUGUAGAGAUAGGGUUUUGCCAUGUUGCCCAGGCUGGCCUCAAACUCCUGAACUCAAGUAGUCUUUCCACCUCAGCCUUCCAAAGUGCUGGGAUUACAGGCAUGAACCACUGCACCUGGCCUGCCUCUGCUCUUCACUCAUUGUUUCAAUUGCCACCUUUAUUUCUUGAAACAGUAUGUUUAUAUUCCAUGUUCAGUAAUAAAAUUUUUUGAAAUAUUUCUGAAUCUCAUUUUGUUCACUGCAGUUUCUGUCUGUUCUUUUGCCGUGUUUUUGUUUUUUUGUUUUUGAGACAGAGUCUUACUCUGUUGCUAAGGCUGGAGUGCAGUGGCAAAAUCUCAGCUCAGAAGAACCUGUACCUCCCAGGUUCAAGCAAUUCUCCUGCCUCAUCUUAUGAGUAGCUGGGAUUACAGGCAUGUGCCACCAUGCCUGGCUAAUUUUUGUAUUUUUAGUAGAGAUGGGUUUUGCUAUGCAUGUUGGCCAGGCUAGUCUUGAACUCCUGACUUCAAGAGAUCUGCCCACCUCGGCCUUGCAGAGUGCUCUGCUUGUUUCUUAAUGUGUAUUUUCUAAAAAAUGCCUCUAUUAAGAUAUAUUUUACAUAUCAUAUAAUUUAUCCUAUUCAAUAAUUUUUGGUAAAUUUAAUGAGUGGUACAAACAUCGCCAUAAAUCAGUUUUUGAACGUGUUCAUCAUCCUGAUAAAAGCCGUCAUGCACAUUUACAGUUUAUCCUAAUUCCCACUCCCAGCCCCAGGCAACCAUUAGUUUACAUUCUGCCUCUAUAGAUCUACCUUUUCUAGACAUUUCACAUAAACAGAAUCACACAAUAUGUGGUCUCUUACGUCUGGCUUCUUUUAUAUAUGUCUGGCUUAACAAAUUUUUGGGGGUUCAUCCAUGCCAUAGUGCAGUAGUUGGUUCCUUUUUAUUGAUGAAUCCAUCCGUUGUGUGAAUAUAUACCACAUCUUGUUUAUUUAUUUAUUUUUUUUGAGACAAGAGUUUUGCUCUUGUUGCCCAGGCUGGAGUGCAGUGGCGUGAUCUUGACUCACUACAACCUUUGACCCUGGGUUAAAGCGAUUCUUCUGUAUUAGCCUUGCGAGUAGCUAGGAUUACAGGUGCCCACCACCACGCCCAGCUAAUUUUUUUGUAUUUUUAGUAGAGAUGGGGUUUCAUCAUGUUAGCCAGGCUGGUUUCAAACUCCUGACCUUGGGUGAGCCACCCACCUUGGACUCCCAAAGUGUGGGGAUUACAGGCAUGAGCCACUGUGCCAGGCCUCCUUUUUUUUUUUUUUUUAAACUUAUCCUUAUUGUUGAGCACACAAAUUUCUAUCCAUUUACCAGUUGAUGGAUAUUUAGGUUAAGUUUUUGGCAAUUAUCAAUAAUGCUCCCAUGAACAUUUGCAUGCAAGUUUUGCAUGGACAUGUUUUCAUUUUUCUUAGGUAGUUUCCAAGAAGUGAAAUUUUGGUUCCUACAGUAAUUUUUUGUUUAACCGUUUGGGAAACUGCCAAAUGUUUCCGAAAGAGGCUGCGUCAUUGUACGUUCCCACUGGCAAUGUGUGAGGGUUCCUGUUCCACCACAUCCUUGCUGACAUCUGUUAUUCUAUUAGUCAGCCAGGCCUGCCAUAACAAAUUACCACUGACUGGGUGGCCUCUGCAACAUACAUUUGUUUUCUCACAGUUCUGGAGGCUACAAUUCCAUGAUCAAGGUGCUGGCAAAUUUGAUUUCUGAUGAGUGCUGUCUUCCUAGCUUAUAGAUGGCCGCCAUCUUGCACAUGGCCUUGUGUCUGUGCUUCCAUGAAGAGAGAUGGUUAGAGAUAGAGAUCUCAUGUCUCUUCCUCUUCUCUAAGAACACAGAUCUUACUAGAUCAGGCCUCCUCCUUACCUCAUUUACCUUAAUUAUCUCCCUGCAUACUCCCAUCUCCAAAAAUAGGGGAUUAGGGUUUCAACAUAGGGUUUUGUGAGAGGAACACAAUUCACUCCAUAACAUUUCUCCCUCUGUCCCCCCCAAAUUCAUGUAUCUCUCAAAUGUAACACAUUUGCCCCAUCCUAACAGCUCCCAAAGUCUUAUACCAUUUCACUAUUAUUUGCAAGUCUAAGGUCUCAUCUAAAUACAAUAGGCCCUCCUUAUCCAUGGGUUCCUCAUCCAUGGAUUAAACCAACCACACAUCAAAAAUAUUUUGAAAAAACAAAAAGGGGGCCGGGCGCGGUGGCUCAAGCCUGUAAUCCCAGCACUUUGGGAGGCUGAGGCGGGUGGAUCGCAAAGUCAAAAGAUCGAGACCAUCCUGGUCAACAUGGUGAAACCCCGUCUCUACUAAAAAUACAAAAAAAUUAGCUGGGCAUGGUAGCGCGUGCCUGUAAUCCCAGCUACUCAUGAGGCUGAGGCAGGAGAAUUGCCUGAACCCAGGAGGCGGAGGUUGCGGUGAGCCGAGAUCGCGCCAUUGCACUCCAGCCUGGGUAACAAGAGCGAAACUCUGUCUCAAAAACAAACAAACAAAAAAAAUAAAAAGGAUGUUUGCAUCAGUAUUGAGCACAUACAGACUUUUUUUCUUAUAAUUAUUCCCUAAACAAUACAGUGUAACAACUAUUUAUGUAGCAUUUACACUGUAUUUGGUAUUAUAAGUUAUCUAGAGAGGAUUUAAAGUAUACAGGAAGGUGUGCAUAGGUUAUAAGCAAAUAUAAAAUACACCAUUUUAUAUAUGGAACUUGAGCAUCUGUGAAUCUUGGUAUCCAUGGAGUGAGGUCCUAAAAGUCAAUACUCCACAGAUACUGAAGGACAACUGUAUUAUCUAAAUCAGUUAUGAGCGGGACUGAGUCACAGUUUCUCUUCAGUUGUAACCCGACUGGACAAGUUAUGUACUUCCAAAUUACAGCAGUCGGACAACAUAGUAUAAUUCCCAUUCAAAAGGGAGAGAUCAGAAAGUAGAAAGUGAUAAUGGGUCUCAAGCCAGUCCAAAAAUGAGCAAGGCAAAUUCCAUGAAAUUUUAUAGCUCCAGUCAGGGGUGGUGGCUCACACCCGAAAACCACUGAGUUCAAGACCAGGCUGGCAACAUGGUCAAACCCUGCCUCUACUAAAAAGCUUAGUAGUUCCAACAAGGACUGGUAGUUAAAAAGAACCUGGCACCUCCCUCCCCUCUCUUUCUUGCUUCUUCUCUCUCCAUGUGAUCUCUGCACAGGCCAGGUCUCUUUGCCUUCUGCCAUGUGUGGAAGCAGCCUGAGCACAGAUGUUCAGUCUUUUUUUUUGAGAUGGAGUCUCACUCUUGCCCAGGCUGGAGUGCAGUAGCGUGAUCUCAGCACACUGCAACCUCUGCUUCCCAGGUUCAAGCGAGUCUGCUGCCUCAGCCUCCCGAGUAGCUGGGACUACAGGUGCAUGCCACCACACCCAGCUAAUUUUUGUAUUUUUAGUAGAGACAGGUUUCAUAAUGUUGGCCAGCAUGGUCUCCAUCUCUUGACCUCAUGAUCCACCCACUUCGUCCUCCCGAAGUGCUGGGAUUACAGAUGUGAGCCACCACGCCCGGCCUAGAUGUCCAGUCUUGAACCCUCCAGCCAGCAGAACCCUGAGCUCAGUAAAUCUUUUUUCUUUAUAAAUUACCCAGCCUCAGGUAUUCCUUUAUAAUAACACUAAAGGGACUGAUGGACUGAGACAGGUCGGCUCACAUCUUUUGCCCGUUUUUUUUUUUUUUUUUGAGACUGAAUUUUGUACUUGUUGCGCAGGCUGGAGUACAAUGGCAUGAUCUUGGCUCACUGCAACCUCUGCCUCCCAGGUUCGGGUGAUUUUCCUGCCUCAGCCUCCUGAGUAGUUGGGGUUAUAGGCACCCACCACCACGCCCAGCUAAUUUUUGUAUUUUUAGUAGAGACAGGGUUUCACCAGGUUGACAGGCUGGUCUUGAACUCCUGACCUCACUUUAUCCACCUGCCUUAGCCUCCUGAAGUGCUGGGAUUACAGGUGUGAGCCACCAUGACUUUUGCCCAUUUUUUUUUUUAAUUGGAUUGUUUGUCUUCCUGUUAUUCAGCCUGAUGUGUUCUGUGAGCUCAUAUUUAUUAAUACUUUUUACACAGGGAGUUUUGGGGUCCUGGUGUACUUCUCCUGGAAGGAUUCCUAUUUAUCUCUCCCAGGAACCCAGGCAUACUACAUAGGUCCACUUUAAAGGAAAUCCUACCUAUAGGUAUUAGGCUCCACCAGUAAGGUAAUUUUAUGCCCUUAAUCUUGCUGUGGCUCUGGCAGUCUGCUGAACAGCAACAACAACAAACCAGAAUACAUGGUUGGAAUAGAAAUACUUAUGGGGACCAAGUGCCCAGGGUAUUUGGAGUGAAGACUGCCUAGGAAAAUUCAGAUUACAUGUAGUUAUGGGGACGUUUUCACUCUGAAUUUUAGAGACUAGCAGGGCCAGGUGGACAGAAUUUAAUGUUAUGACUUUUUUGAGUAAAACAAAAAAUCUGUAAUUUAUCUGAAAAUACUAUCUCUUAGUGUGACAUAUGUGCUCUUUUUUCCCCUUUUAAAAAAAAAUAUUAACAAUAAUUACAUAUGGUUACAGGGUACAAUGUGAUUUUCUGAUAUUUGUUUACAUUGUGGAAUGAGUAAAUCAAGUUAACAUAUCCAGCACCUCACAUACUCAUCUUUUUGUGAUGAGAUUCUGUGUGUCCUUUUUAAUCAAUACCUAAUGAUGGCUAAUUAACAAUAACGUACUCUGUUAGGGAAUAUAAUCUCCAAGAGAGGUUGAUUAGCUUUUGAAAGAUUCUAAACAGAUGUCCACGUUUCAGAAAGCUUCAACCAUUUUUAUGUCCAGUCAACAGCAAGACUAUAUGGAUUUUCCUUUUGUUAAAUAAGUAGUGUUCCUAAUGUCUGGAUUGGCUAGAAAUACCCUACAAAGGCCACUUACGCUUGCAUGAACAGGAUAUAGAAAUCCAGGAAACCCAGUGUGCACACCCUUUGUAAUGGUUCUCUUGGUUUAGAUUCCCAGACAGACAUGUUCAGGAAAUUAUCUGAGGUUUAUUAUUGCCUUACUUCAACUAGAAGAUUUGCUGAAUCCUGCACCUAAACCAUUGUUUCAUGUGUAUAGAAUAAGUGUGUCAUGCAAAAUUUGAUUGGAGUUCCCUAAAGAACAGGGAGUUGGAUCUUCAUGAUGGUUACAAAGCACUUUGUAUAACCGUUUUUGACUGCACUUGCUACCAUUAAGUAUUUGCACAGGCAGGGGAAUUGUUUACAACAUAAUAUUCUAACAGUUGCAAGUUAAGAAGGUUGUGUGGUAAAGGAAGUGAAAAGGUUAGAUCAUGGUAAACAAAUACUAUCUACAAACAGUGAAGAGGCAUCAUACCAACUGGAUUCCUGAGUUGAAAAUCAUCCUGCUCCAAUAAUUUUCAGACUAUCCUCAUUUGGGAAGGAGAGGAGGGCCCUUAUAUGUGUGGACUAAAACAAGGCAUGGGAUACCUGAGGCCUGGAAAAGAUAAGGUUAAGCCUUCUCUAGUCCUGUUCCUUGCAGAGCCUUUGGAUGUCUCUGCAGCAAUGGCCAACUUCAGAAGCUUGACCUCAACCACCCUGUAAAACCUGGGCUUGGGAGAGGGAUGCAGUUAUUUGCCAGAAUGGUUGGGAGAGGGGCAGAAAUCUUUCUUCGGGUAAAAUCAUUCUGGAGUUGGGCCGGGCGCGGUGGCUCACGCCUGUAAUCCCAGCACUUUGGGAGGCCGAGGCUGGUAGAUCACAAGCUCAAGAGAUUGAGACCAUCCAGGUCAACAUGGUGAAACCCCGUCUCUAUUAAAAAUACAAAAAAUUAGCUGGGCAUGGUGGCGCGUGCCUGUAAAAUCCCAGCUACUCAGGGGGCUGAGGCAGGAGAAUUGCCUGAGCCCAGGAGGCGGAGGUUGCGGUGAGCCGAGAUCGCGCCAUUGCACUCCAGCCUGGGUAACGAGCGAAACUCCGUCUAAAAAAAAAAAAAAAAAAAAAAAAUCAUUCUGGAGUUGCUGCUGAAGUAACCACUAAUAAUUUAAUCUGGUUUCAAGAAAGCUCUUCUUGGCUCACAGACUUAAGCAUCAAUGAAUAAUAAUAGACAACAUUUAUCAAGGUCGUCUUCUCCUUGUGCUGAGUAUUUUAGAUACUUAUGUCAUUAUGUGUGUACAUUUCCAUUCAACCUUAUGAAUGGAUGAUUUUAGUUUUUAUCUGUUUUAUGUAUAAGGAAAGUGCAGCAGGACAGUGGCCAUGUAAGUCGGAAUCUGCUAAGGAGUGUGCAACAGCUCACCUGCCAAAGGGAAAAAAAAAAUAAAGGAAAGUGAUGUGCAGAAAUCAUAUGGAUUAGGUGUUUCAAUGCACACUCUAGUUUACCUUUCUUCCUCACCACCUGUAUUGCUAAUCCCCUAAGUGGCAGGAAUGGGGCAAGUCAAUUUCAGCACUCGAGUGUUAAACUAAAUCUGUUUACAGGAGUAGACCCCAGAAAGGGAGUCAGGAUUACCAAACUCUUAACACAUUUUAACGCUUAGGCUCACCUAACUUCCAGCGCACCUUCCACAUGAACUUGCCCUGCUCAGUGAAUCUGCUGCAAAGGACGAGCCUCUCUUUCAGACAGGCCAAUGAUAUAGCUGGCUCUUGUGAGCGACAGGUCUUGUGGCCAAUGGGCUCAGCCCCUGAGGCCUCGAAGACCGGAAAUUGGCCCUGGAGCAUGUGGCCCCUGGGGCGUGGGUUGAGUGCUGUCUUCUCCUGAGGCCGCGCGGAGCCAGCCGAGUGUGGCGAGGUCUAAUGCCCAGGUGAGAGGACGGGUCCAGGUGCAGCGGCUGCCUGGGUGGGCUUUUGCUCAAGCACGUGGUGUGAGCCGCCCUCCCAGGCGUCUCCCUCUCGCUUCCCGGUGGCGCUGGGGCCUUCGGAGGGAGGCCGGGCGGGGGCGGGAAGUCGUUAUUCGAGGCACGGUGCUGGAGAAGGUGCGCAGGCGGGGGCGGCAGGGGAGGCCAGCUGGAUGUCUGAGUGGGCCUCUUGUUUGGCCUGAAAUGGGAGGUAACUAACCAAAACAGGAUCGACACACGUGUCCUCUCCAGCCUUUGAAUGGAUCCUUUCCGACCAUCGUUCAGGGGCCAGCCUCCUGUCCACCCAUCCCAGUGCCAGGCUGUACGGAUGCCAGGCUGUUGGCCACAAGCUUCUAAACCUUUGGACCCAGCUCUGGGCAGAGGAGCACCUGCAGGCAGAGGCCAUGUGUUUGGAAAGCCAGAGGAACCAAGCACACAGAGGGGGCCAGCACAGAGGGAGUCUGUGGGUUUGGUCUCCAUGUUCCGAGGCCUGGGCAUUGAAACAGUUUCCAAAACCCCUCAGAAAUGGGAAAUGCCUCCAACAGGUAGAGGCAUUUUAGGUCGAGGCUUGUCAGCUAAUCUGGAACGCAAAGACAAGGAGGAACUCUGUCCCACUUUUUGGGAUUCAAAAGUGUUGGCAGCUGGGGACAGCAAGAUGGCAGAGGCCUCUGUUGGUUGGAAUAGGAUGCUUGGGAGAGGGAGUUCAGAUGCUUCUUUGUUACCACUGGGAAGAGCAGCAGGUGGUAUUGGCAGAGGAAUGGACAAACCUCCCUGUGCCUUCAGUGCACCAUUCCGGGAUCCCCCGCAGCUGGUAUCACCACCAGCUCUGCCCCAGUCCCCUCUGCACUCUCCAGAUCACCCUCUGGUCCUGACUGUGGAACACAAGGAAAAAGAGCUUAUUGUGAAGCAAGGAUCAAAAGGAACACCUCAGUCUUUGGGACUGAACCUCAUUAAAAUACAAUGUCAUAAUGAAGCAGUUUAUCAAUAUCAUGUGACUUUCAGCCCCAAUGUGGAAUGCAAAAGCAUGAGAUUCGGCAUGUUGAAGGACCAUCAAGCUGUCACCGGCAACGUUACUGCGUUUGAUGGAUCUAUUCUCUAUCUGCCUGUUAAGCUUCAACAAGUUCUUGAGUUAAAAAGUCACAGGAAAACAGAUGGUGCUGAAAUCAGCAUUAAGAUUCAGAUGACAAAGAUCCUGGAGCCCUCCUCUGACCUGUGCAUUCCCUUCUACAACGUUGUUUUUCGUCGGGCAAUGAAACUUUUAGAUAUGAAGCUUGUGGGGAGAAACUUUUAUGACCCUACAAGUGCUGUGGUACUACAGCAACACAGAUUGCAGAUCUGGCCAGGCUAUGCAGCUAGCAUCCGAAGGACAGAUGGAGGGCUCUUCCUGCUAGCUGAUGUCUCUCAUAAGGUCAUUCGGAAUGACUCUGUGCUGGAUGUCAUGCAUGCCUUUUAUCAGCAGAAUAAAGAACACUUCCAGGAUGAGUGUACUAAGCUUCUGGUUGGCAAUAUUAUCAUCACCCGAUAUAACAAUCGUACCUAUCGUAUUGAUGAUGUGGAUUGGAAUAAGACUCCAAAGGAUAGCUUCACGAUGUCUGAUGGGAAGGAGAUCACAUUCUUGGAAUACUACAGCAAAAACUAUGGGAUCACAGUUAAAGAAGAGGACCAGCCCCUGCUGAUCCACAGGCCCAGUGAGAGACAGAAUAACCAUGGGAUGCUGCUAAAAGGGGAAAUCCUGCUGCUGCCCGAGCUUUCUUUUAUGACCGGAAUCCCAGAGAAGAUGAAGAAGGACUUCAGAGCCAUGAAGGAUUUGACCCAGCAAAUCAAUCUGAGCCCCAAGCAACAUCAUAGUGCUUUGGAAUGCUUACUACAGAGAAUUGCAAAGAAUGAAACAGCCAGCAAUGAACUGAUGCGUUGGGGGCUCCGUCUGCAAAAUGAUGUACAUAAGAUUGAAGGACGUCUCCUACCAAUGGAAAGAAUUAACUUAAAAAAUACUUCGUUUAUCACAUCUCAGGAACUAAACUGGGUUAAGGAAGUAACCAGAGAACCUUCCAUCUUGACUAUCCCCAUGCAUUUCUGGGCACUUUUUUACCCAAAGAGAGCAAUGGAUCAGGCCCGAGAAUUGGUCAACAUGUUGGAGAAGAUCUCCGGCCCCAUUGGCAUGCGGAUGAGCCCACCAGCCUGGGUUGAACUAAAGGACGACCGAAUAGAGACCUAUGUCAGAACCAUUCAAUCCAUGUUAGGAGCUGAGGGGAAGAUACAGAUGGUUGUUUGCAUCAUCAUGGGCACACGUGAUGAUCUCUAUGGGGCCAUCAAGAAGCUGUGCUGUGUGCAGUCUCCAGUGCCCUCCCAGGUUAUCAAUGUUCGAACCAUUGGUCAGCACACUAGGCUUCGGAGCGUGGCCCAGAAAAUUUUACUUCAGAUUAACUGUAAAUUGGGUGGUGAGCUCUGGGGAGUGGAUAUUCCUCUGAAACAGUUAAUGGUGAUCGGGAUGGAUGUUUACCAUGACCCCAGCAGAGGCAUGCGCUCCGUGGUUGGCUUUGUGGCAAGCAUCAAUCUCACCCUCACAAAAUGGUACUCCCGGGUGGUGUUCCAGAUGCCGCAUCAGGAGAUUGUGGACAGCCUGAAGCUGUGCCUCGUGGGCUCCUUAAAAAAGUUUUAUGAGGUGAACCACUGCCUACCAGAGAAGAUUGUGGUGUACCGUGAUGGAGUGUCUGAUGGCCAACUGAAGACAGUUGCCAACUAUGAGAUUCCUCAACUACAGAAGUGUUUUGAAGCUUUUGAGAAUUAUCAGCCCAAGAUGGUGGUGUUUGUAGUUCAGAAGAAAAUCAGUACUAAUCUGUAUCUGGCUACUCCUCAGCACUUUGUGACUCCCACCCCUGGAACUGUGGUCGAUCAUACAAUAACAAGCUGUGAGUGGGUGGAUUUCUACCUUCUUGCCCAUCACGUACGGCAGGGCUGUGGCAUUCCUACGCAUUAUGUCUGUGUUCUCAACACCGCAAACCUGAGCCCUGAUCAUAUGCAGAGGCUGACUUUCAAACUGUGCCACAUGUACUGGAAUUGGCCUGGCACCAUCAGAGUUCCAGCUCCUUGCAAGUAUGCCCACAAGCUAGCUUUCCUGUCAGGACAGAUCUUGCAUCAUGAACCAGCCAUCCAGCUGUGCGAGAACCUGUUCUUCCUGUGACUGCACAGCCUGGAGAUGGGCUGGGGAGGAGAAAGGCAGCCUCUGAACUCAGCUGUGACUCUUGCAGAAUCAAAGAGACUAAAGUGGGCUUUCGUGUUAUCCUUUUCCCUUUCUCCAACCCUGUAGUAUAAGAUAUCUUUUUUGUCUUUUAAACCUAAUAUCACCAAGAAGCAAGUUUCUAAGUAACAGCUGAAAAUGGCCUUGUUGCCUGUGUAGAGCAAGUUACAGUAGUACUGCCACUCUGCAGGUAGAGUGGGUGACUCUGGGGGGCCAUUAAGAGCCUCCAAAGCCAACGUGAGCUGUAGAAAACUGCAGAAACAGCCAUUAUACUUCUAAGCUGUGCUGACAAAGUGGUUCCCAUUUCUGGAGCCAGAGAUGAUAAUGAAUGAAGUCAUCGCAAGUAUCCUAAAGAGAGUAACUCAGGCAACUGGGAAAGGCAGCGGAAGGUCUGUGAAGCAACGUUUUCAAGUAAAUACUGCUAUUGCUUGCCAGGUGUGCAAGGCACAGAGUCAAAUCAGUCUGUGGCAUAGGUAGGCCCUUGCUGACUAAAUUUUUUGGGGGGGAUUGAAUUUAUAAUGCCUGUGACUUGAGUUGGAUUUGAAAAUGGCUUCCCUUGACCUCUUGAAAGAGUGCAGAUGAAGCUUUUUCUCACAGUAACUUUCCAGCCUACCAUGUUGAUUUCUUCCUUCCCCAAAUAAGCACAUGCUCUUUUGCUCUCUGUGCCUGAUCUUCAGUAAGUUUUCGUUUUUUAACACAUGGAAAAAAAUCUAGCAGCUAGGAAAGUUCGGUUUGGGGUGGGAGUUUUUAGUGAGCUUUUCUCCCAGGUGUGUGGCCUUUGUUUCUAUUUUUAUAUGUUUGUAAAUGGAAUUACCCACUUUCUCUUGCAAAAUCACCUCUUCCUGGCUGUUGGCUCACUUUGCUAGAAUUUUUCUGAGUCCAAGUUAAGAUUUCCAGAAGUCAGCUUUGGAAAACGUGACACUCCUACCAAAGUCCAUGCAGUUUAGCAAGUUGUCACAUACCAUGGGUUUCAGUGUUUUUGGAAAGCUGGUUUUUUCUUUUUUUUUUCCCCCUCCCCUUUUAGAAUCUUCUCCCAGUCCCUUCAGACUUAGUUCUGUCUCCUCUUGCUUUACUGGGUUUUAGAAACCAGUCUUAUUUAACCUUUUCUGAUUUGUAUUUAUGUACUUAUUUAUUUUUUUGGUAUGAUGGCAGGGAGGGGACAAAGCAGAAAUGCCCCUUUUAUGUGACAGUGUGUGAGAAAAGAAACUUUAGCUUAAAACUCCUUAAAAUGUGCUCACUUCAGCAGCGCAUAUGCUAAAUUUGAAGUGCUAUAAAGAAGAUUAUAGAAAAAAGAAAACAGAUUUCCUUAAAACAAGAAAACCAAUAAUGUUUUUAGUUUGUUGUGGUGCCCAGCACAGGUCAAGGAGGAAUGGGCAUUGUUGGUGCAUUUAUGGUUUCAUUUGGAGUGUGGGGCGUUAGGGUGACGCAAGGACCUGGAAUUUAAAAACCACAGAAUCAAACACUGAACCACUGGUCUCUGGCUAAACGGGUCAGUUUUCUGAUUUUCUUUGGAAGCGUUUUGAAUUUUUAUGUUGAAGUUGGAUUUCCUAAUACUCUUUUUCUCUUAGAUAAUCAGUACAAAUGCUUGACUACAUUAUAAUACAAAAAUUUCUUCACUUUUUAUUCUUGAUUUUCUUCCCUUGUUUUUCAGUUUUAAUGCCAAAUGAUUGGGUUGUGGGGUGGGAAAUAAAAACAACUUUGUAUAAACGUU